AUGGCGAAUCUUCUUCCUAGGGAUUCUUCAACCUACAAGGUCAGAGACUUGGAGAUCAUUGUUUGGACUGAACUCCGAGUUCCUCCGAGCGAGGAGUUGGAUACUCACCAAUGGACUGGACACUUUCAGCCAUUGGUCCAGGCUUCGGGUCACCACACCUCUUUGUGGGCAAGAAUUCGAGAGCGCCCUAAUAUAGUCCUUCUGGUAACAUUAUGGAAGAGCCAAGCAGACCUAAGGAAUUUCACAGUCUCCCCCUGCGCCCAGAUCUUCUGGGAAAACCUUGCAGGCAGAGGAGUAUCACGCCUAGCUUCGCAUGAGACCAUUUAUCGCGAUAACUGGUUUACUUCUCUACAGCAUUCAUUCAUUCAGUUAUUCUGGGUCUAUUUUCCGGCCCCUGUAGACGAGGCACAGCUGGCCCGGAUUUCAGAUCCAAAAAAAAGAGGUCUUCGUCCACCAGCUACGGGGCCUGGAAUCCCCCUUAGUCACCGGCCCGCAAGGCAUAUUCCGGCGCAAGAAUGGGCAACUCAAACAGAAUUUUUGCAUGACCAAGAAGUCCAGUUAAUGCUGUGGCCGCAUUUCUGGGGGGAUGAAAAGAAGGCCGAAUGGAGGAACGGUCCUACAUUUCUGAUGAUACCUGGGACUGCUUGUGUAAUGGGGACUCAAACUAGAAUGGAAGCUUUUAGGACCCUUUUGGAAGAACUAGGUUCAAUAGAAUGGAAAGAGGAGUUUUGUGAAUUCGAACAACUUCCUCGUGUUUGA